CCUACACCUCUUUCCCUUUCCGCUUCUCCGUUUCUCUCGGUCCACGUCCUUCCUUAAUUCAGUCCAAUGAGAGUCGCUCUUCGAUUCGUCGCACCCGUCAUAGAUACUCGGUUCGUCUCGAUCUUUCAGGAUACUUUUUCUCCUUCACCAUCCUUUGGUCGAGUCGUACAAUUCGCCAAGCAGUUGUGUGCCAACUUGCCUCGAGUCUCGCGACACAUCGAUUUCAAGAUCGGAAUUUAACAAACCGGUCGGUCCGCGCGAAUACACGAACGAAUAUCGUGGUCAGAGAAAGUGUCAGCUAGUGGGAACAAGAGUGGAUCUGUUCGAAUGGAUCGAUAGAUCGUGCCGAUUAUUAUAGAGACAGAGAGGAUUAUACGCAAAAGAUCGAGCGUGUUUCUUAUUGUGUUAAAGAAAAACAGUUUGUUUUUCUACGUUUAGAAGGAUACGCUUGACGGAGAGAACAUGUUUCGUACCAGUCGCAACGCGAACCGGUUGCGCGUGCUUAAAAUAGUUACCCGUGCAUAGGUUACCGCUCUACCCACCGUUCGCUCAUUGGAAUACAUUUCAGGAUUGUCAGAACACGAUGACGAGUUGGAGAAGAACGCUUAUCGUGGCAAUCAUUGGAAUCUUAUUUCUGGCUGCAAUCACUAAAUAUUCUAAAGCCUGCAACGAAGCGAUCUGUGCUAGUGUCGUGAGUAAAUGUAUGCUCACGCAAAGUUGCAAAUGCGAUCUCGUUACCUGUACCUGCUGCAAGGAAUGCUUUUCUUGUCUUAGUUAUCUUUAUGAUGAAUGUUGUUCGUGCGUAGAUCUGUGCCCGAAACCAAAUAUUACAGAUAAUCCGUUGAGCAAGAAGUCUCAUGUGGAGGAUUUUACCGAUCCGAUGCCAGGUCUGUUUCAAGCGUUAACCGCAGAACCGGAUCCGCACGAACGUUGGCUUACAUUCACGUUUCCAGUGGAUUUUGAUAUGUCUUUAUUUACACCAAAACAUGAAAAUAAAUAUACUAUGAAAACUUCUAAUGAAGAAGUGCACCCAUUGAAACCAAACGUAAUGACGGUUAACUGCACCGUUGCAUUUAUGGCUCAAUGUAACUCCUGGAACAAAUGUCGGGCGUCUUGCCAGAGCAUGGGUGCUAGUAGUUAUAGAUGGUUCCAUGAUGGUUGCUGCGAAUGUAUAGGAGACACUUGUAUUAAUUAUGGAAUCAAUGAAUCGAGAUGCAUACAUUGUCCAAUAGACAAAGAAGAAGAUGAUUUGAAAGAUCAAUAUGAUGAUUAUGGUCAAGAUGAAGAUGAUUUAACAGAAGAUGACAUCGAUUAAUAAUCAUUGGUUUUCUUUUCGAUCUCGUGUAACGUUUUCUCGUUAGUGGAUUGUAUUGAAGUUGAAGUUGUGUUAGGGUGAGUGCAAUCCCGGUGACGGUUAAUUAUUUCAAGAACUCGAUCGUAAAUAGUGCCGUCAUUUAUUCGUGAUAUUCAUGAAUUCGAUACUAUAUCUAUGUGCAAAGACUGUGGUUUUAUGAUUGAUUGACCAUUUUAUCCUUUUUAAACUUUUUAAAAAUUAUACAAUAAAUGAUGAACUUAAUUCCCUUCAAAAGGGAUUCAUUUGUUAGCAAAUAUAAUUUAAAUCAUGAUCAGUGAAGUUGGAAACAAUUGAUUGUUAACGCAGUUAAUGAUAUCGCGUUUAAGUUUAAGUAAAGAAAACAAACAAAUGUAAUGGCGUUUAGAAUUGACUGGUUUUAUAAUAUGACUUUAACGGCAUAGCACGUAUAAGUCAUUAUUUUUAAAUGUUAAAUAUGUAUGUAUGUAAGUAGUACGUGGUGUCAUAUAUUUUAUUUUUCUGUGCCAUAUGAAUCAAGUUGUACACAUAUUAAUUCAUUUAUUAAUCCAUUGACGUGUAUUUGAUGCGUCAAUUAUAUCGUUCAGAUAAAAACCUUUGUCCAAGUUCCUUUGAUUCCUUAUCCGUUUUAAAACGAUUUGAUAAAUUUUAUAGACGCCUAUAUUUACAUAAUAUAAAAUAAUAACAUAUUUUAGAUGAUCAUAAACGAUUCGUUCAAUUCAUGUGUACAUGUGAAUAAUCAAAUCAUAAAAAAUAUAAUUUAUGUAUCAUUUAAUAUUGCAUUUGAUUAUUGCAUUAGUAUAUGAUAUAAAGAUACUAUGUGAGAUCGA